AUGAGACUCUCUGGCCUGCUUCUUCUUUUAUCUUCGCCGGCGAUCGACGCUUUGGACAGCUCCCAGCGGGCCGAGCUGGCAGCGAGCCUGCCAUGCAAUCGCUUCGUGUCUGCUGAGUUGACAUUCAUCCAGCAGCCGCGAAGCGCUGAUGAUGUCAGAGCACUGAAGGUGCAGCCGUCGACGGCUUCUUCCCUCGAGUCGUACAGGCUACCAGAUGCCACCACUUCCACAGCUCCCUCGCUGCAAGUGCCAUCUGCCCCUGCCUCUGCCCUCCCGACGUCGGACAGGCAAGCUUCUCCUGCAGUCCAGGCCCAGAUGCCGUCUGCGUCGGCUUUGCCAACCUUGCAAACAUCUAACAGGCCAGAUUCUACUGCGGUUCAGGUGCCGUCUGCCUCUGGUGUGCCUCCCCGGUCGCCGGUGCUAGAUAGGCAAGCUUCUCCUGGCGCGGAGGUGCCGUCCGCCACUGCCUCUUCCCUGCCGCCGCCGGACAGGCAAGCUUCGCCAGCAGUGCAGCUGCCGUCCACCCCAACAGCACCUUCCCUGCCGCAGACUUCGGAUAGGCAGGCCUCUGUGGCCUUGAAGUCCGAUUUAUCACCACAGGCACGAUUCGCGGCGACAUUGAGCUUGGCCUUGAUUGUGAAAGCGCUGUGCAUGCUCAGCAACAUGCUGUGCUACGUGUCGCCGCUGCCACAGGUACAGCAGUUUCAGAAACAGGGUGACACAGGUGAAGCAGAUUCCGCUCCGUUUAUGUCUAUUCUCUACGCAGGCUGGCAGUGGUGUUUUUAUGGUACAUUCGCGUAUUUCGUGACGCAGAAGAGUGGAUUUUUGGUGCUGGUCUACUCUAACGUUGCUGGUGCAGUUCUUGGUAUUUAUUACGUCUGGGGAUUCCAGCGAAACUGCCGCGACAACAAGGCCUUGCAACAACUUCAUCUGUACUUUCGCGCCGUGGGAGUCAUUGUCUGCCUUCAGUGCUUGGCGAUCUGCUCCUUGACCCGGGGGAACGCGCUCUUCUUCAGUGGCCUCAUGUCCUCCCUGUCCAGCAUCGUGAGCGCUACAUCUUUAUGCUCCACUUUGCCGAAGGUCAUCAAGACUCAGUGCUCCGCUUCCAUCAAUGUGGAGCUGCUCACUGUUGGCCUUUGUUCCUCUGUGUUGUGGGUGAGCUGUGGACUGAUGCUAUGGGACAUGUGGAUCACGGUUCCGAAUCUUUUCUGCAUCACCAUCCAGCUUGUCUGCGGCUUCUUUGUGCUCUUAUUUCCCAGGGAGGAAGAGGGAGAUUUGGUCCACAGACCAUCACGAUCACCAGUCUGUGCUUGGCUUCUGCCAGCUGAACAUGACGACGAAGCGCAGGCAGAAGAACACACGUCCAUGUCCUCGCGGCCGACUCUUGCCGGGCGAACCGCUGCGGCAGCGGCAGCAAUCCGUGCUGCCUUAGCAGCAUCUGAAGCCAGACAGGCCGCACAGUGGGCACCACAGGACUAUGGAAGUACAGUUUCAUCUACUGCCGGGACAGGAGGGACCUGGUAG